AUGGCAGUAAUUACUACAGACCAUGUUCAAGCUAUACCCAUGAGCGAGGAGGAGCGACAGAGUGGCAAGUAUUCUCUUGAGACUCUGGGUAAAGCGCUUGAAGCCAUGCACCAAGAUGGAUUAGUUGUCUUGAAGAACGUCAUUGACGUUGAGAUUAUCCAAAAGCUCAAUGAAAAGAUGUGUGCCGACGCAGAAAAGAGAAUCGCCGACCCCACCCAACAGUAUAACCACGGCGUGAAGUCCAAUUUCCUGCAGAGACCUCCCGUGACAGACCCUGAAUAUCUGCACAAGGAUGUUUAUUUUAAUCCUUUCCUCUUGCAACUUGCCAAUGCCUACCUUGGUCACAAGCCAGUCUGGAACUGGUUAACUGCCAACACGGCCUUGGCCAACACAAAGGGCAUGCGCCAACUGUCGCACAAGGAUGGGUCUUUUGCUCAUCCCUUGUACCCUUAUUACUUCAUUGCCAACAUUCCCCUUUGCGACUUCAGCGUUGAGAAUGGCGCAACUGAAUUCUGGCUUGGAUCACACGCUCAGGCCACGUGGCGGGACCAGCAACUGGCCACGGAGACAGGAAUGCCACAGUAUCCUGUUUGUCGUAAGGGUGAGCCUAUUCCUCCCAUCACUGAGGAGGCGAAGGCAACACGCAUGAAAAUCCGUCCCCCUAUUCAGCCCCUGUGCUGCCAAGGAGAUAUCAUGAUCCGAGACUUAAGAUUGUGGCAUGCCGGUAUGCCAAAUGAAAGCGACAAGCAUCGAAUCAUGCUUGGACUUGGAUACGCACAGAACUUCUUCCUUGGCAAUGCUGGUGACAUGGUAGACGUCAGAGCACAGUUUUAUGGUGAAGAGGAGUUUGAAAAGACCACAAAUGAUACGAUCUUCAACUUGCGGCCAACUUAUCUGGAGUAA